AUGGUCGGCUUCCGGCGCCUACGUCAUGUGAAGCCGAAUGAUCGCCAGAUCUCCAACAUCUUGGGCGAGUUCGAUCAGGUGGCGCCCAUCAUGCGCUCCGAGCGCACGCUCAACAGCCUGCCGGCGCUGCGGCCGACGCGCCUCGGUCCGCGCCUGGACAAGAGGGGCGCGCCCGGCCUGGAGACGAUCCUGCAGGAGAUGCGGGUGCCGCUAGCGGCGCCAGUGACGCCGCUCAAGACGCACCUCAUGCCGUUUCCGUUCCCCUCGGUCAAGGAUGAGCCCCCGGUCACUCCCCUUCACCGGCCAGCCGAUGAACAAGCGCCUUCCGGGGAGAGCAGCCAGCCGCGGCUGGACGAGCGGCGGUGGCGCGUCCCGCCAGCCGCCGUACCGGCCAGCACCAAACCAUCCCUGUCGGACGACUUGACACUGUCGGACGACAGCGACGAGGAGCCGCCCCGCAAGAGCGCCGCGGUCAGCGUCGAGCCGCAGAGGUCCAGCUACCGCAGUCGGACCUCGUCCCCGCCCCCCACCGAGACACCGACGGCGCCUCCGCCGCCGCCGCCGCCUCCGCCACCGCCACCGCCACCCGAGUCGGACUCGGAGUCGGCCGAGUCAGAGUCGGAGUCGGGCGAGGAGGUGCUAGCCGCUACCUCGCCGUCUGCCAGUCAUCGCUCAACAGGCGACGGCAAGGAGGGAUCCGAGAGCCCCAGCACCAACGCCCGCAGCAAAUGGAGCCUGCAGUCCAUCAUGAACAAGGACCCCGGCGGCACCCCGGCCUCGUCCAUAUUCGAGAACACACCGGCCCGCAGCGUCAGCAAGCUAUCACCGCAUGACUUCCCGAACAGCACGGAGGCGGCGGAACCAAGCAGCGCUGAGCCAGCCGACCACAAUGACGCCGACAUAUCCAUAGAGGAGCUGGUCUCACAGGUGAAGACGCCGUCGCUGCCGUCGGACGCGCCGGCGCCGAUGGACAUGUCGGAGUCGCCGGCGUCGUCCGACUCACCGGAGCACCUGGACGCGGGCGGCGUGAGCACUAGCGACGCGAACAAGAAGGCCACCUUCAGCCGGCUCUUCUCGCACCGGAUCUCGGGCAAGCGGAGCACGCCGCGCGCGCGGCCGAACGCCUCCAGCGAGCGCAGCGAGGGGCACAGCUCGCCGGCGGCCAGCGCGGAGGGCCCGUGCAAGACCCCCAGCUCGGCCCAGCAGGAGAGCAGGAUCGAGUCCCCGCCGACCGGUGUUCGCGAGGCGGACAGCAGUACAAACCCCACGGUCGUGCAGGUGUUCGACAGCAAUGUGCCGGCGGCCCUGUACACCAACCAGCCGUUCGCCAUACCAGCGUAA